AUGGGCCAGAUCCUUUCCCAGCCAGAAACAGAGAAACACUCUGAAAAAGACAGCGACAAGUACGUUGCCUACGGGUUGAGUUGCAUGCAAGGAUGGAGAAUCAACAUGGAAGACGCCCAUGCUACGAUCAUGGACUUGAAGCGUGAAGGUGACGAAAGCAAUGGCGACGAGAACCAUACGGCGUUUUUUGGCGUUUACGAUGGCCACGGCGGCGAGAAGGCUGCAAUUUUCACCGGGUUGCGUUUGCACGAGUUGGUGGCACUGACUGAGGCGUUCAAGGAGAAGGACUAUGUGAAUGCGUUGAAGGAUGGCUUUUUGCUGUGUGACCAGGCGAUUUUGCAAGACUACGAGACGAGAAACGACGAGUCUGGGUGUGCUGCUACGUCUGCCAUUGUCACGCCCCACCAUAUCUACUGUGCCAACGCUGGAGACUCCCGUACGGUGAUGUCGCUGAACGGUUACGCCAAGGCGCUUUCGUAUGACCAUAAACCGUUCAAUGAGGGCGAGAAGGCUCGUAUUUGUGCUGCCGGCGGCUACGUGGACGUGGGCCGUGUCAACGGUAACUUGGCCUUGUCCAGAGGUAUUGGUGACUUUAUGUUCAAGAAGAACGACGACUUGCCUGCCGAGGAGCAGAUUGUCACUUGCUACCCGGACGUGAUCCACCACGAGAUUGAUUUUGCCAAGGACGAGUUUGUCAUUUUGGCCUGUGACGGUAUUUGGGACUGUCUAAGCUCUCAGAACUGUGUUGAGUGUGUUAGAAGAGGUCUCUACGAGAGAAAGCCACUUACGCAGAUUUGUGAGGAAAUCAUGGAGCUCUGUUGUGCUCCUACCUCCGAUGGCCUGGGUAUCGGCUGUGACAAUAUGUCUAUUCUUAUUGUCGCCUUGUUGGACCACACCAACAACGAGAACUUGGACCAAUGGUACGAUAGAGUGAUUGCUAAGAUCGAGAAGCAGCAGGAAACCGUCAAGGCCAACCCUGAUGCUAUCGAGGCUGCCAACUACGAGUACGGUCCUAUUUCUCCUCCUUACAACGACUUGUACAAGGAGAUUUUCGGCGAGUUCUACGAGAUUGGCCAGCAAGCCAACAACGACACCCGUGGCGGCGCUUCGCGUGAUUCUAUGUUUGGCCACUCCAUGUUCGGGAACAUGGGUAUGCGUAACGGCAAGAACGCUGACGAAGAUGAGCUUGACAGUAACGACGACGAAGAGAAUGCCAACUCUGGUCCUGCUGGUCCUGCCACUUCUGCCAGCGACGGCCUCAACAAUGGUGCCAUUUCUUUGCAGAAAUUGUUGUCCAGUAACGUCAUAACCAACGAGAACGGCGUCAUAUACUUGGACACCUCUUCAGCACAAUCGUUGUUGGCAUCUUUUGGUAUGCCUACUGGCGAGCCGCUGGACGAGAAUGGGUCUGACGAGGAGGAUAGCGUGCACGAAAAGCAUAUUGAGGAAGUGGACGAGAGCGAGCCCGAGUCACUGAGCAAGACUAACGAGUAG